UUUAUAUUCAAUUCUUUUUAUUCCAACGUAGUUUUGCAAAACAUGUUGUCUUCUGAGUUCUGUGCUUGAUCCUCACAGGUAAAGGGUUCAAGAAGUAAAAAAAUGAAAGCCAAUUCAAUACUACUCGUAAUUUGCAUUCUUACAGUAGGUGGUACUGUGGAUAUUCCGGCGAGGAAACUAGUGGAAAACCAUGGAUACCCAUUUGAAGAACAUACGAUAACAACAGAAGAUGGAAACAUCUUGACAACACAACGAAUUCCACACGGCAGAUACUUGGAUAAAAGUGAUAAAAAACCGGUUCUGUUGGUGCACGGAAUGGGUGGAUGCGCCGAGAAUUUUAUAAUGUUAGGUCCAGAAAAAGCUUUAGCUUAUCAGCUAGCUGACAACGGUUUCGACGUUUGGCUAAUGAAUACAAGGGGAAACUUCUUCUCCAGGAAACAUCAGUAUCUGAAACCUGACAGUGACACCAAAUUUUGGGAACAUAGCUGGCACGAAAUUGGAUUCUACGAUCUACCAGCGAAUAUAGAUCACAUCUUAAACGUGACGAAUCACAAGAAGUUAUUUUACAUCGGACACUCUCAAGGUGGAACUAUUUACUACGUAUUGACCUCCGAAAGACCUGAAUACAAUGAUAAAAUACAAAUGUCGGCUACUUUUGGUCCUGCUGUUUUUUUACAUCUGAACAAGAAUUAUAUGGCGACGAUUUUGAGCGACCAUAUUGAUGUGAUUGAGAAUUUCGCGAAGGAGUUUCACAUGAUAGAAAUGUUUCCUCCAAUUGUGCAGUUACAAGUGAAAAUGUUGUGCUCUCCUCCCCACAUACCGGAUAUGUGUUUUGAUAGCUAUUUAUUAAUUGGAGGUGGAGGUGAUUUGAGUAAAAUUAACCCGAUGAUUAUACCUUUGAUGUUCAGAUCUUCACCAUCAGGUAUUUCUGUGUACCAGAUGUUGCAUUAUUUACAAAUAGUCAAAUCAAAAAAAUUCCAACAAUACGAUUACGGAGUUACCAGAAAUCUGCAAAAAUAUAAUUCAUCAGUUCCUCCAAAAUACAAUUUACGUUUGUCAACUGCACCUGUUGUAAAUAUUUAUUCGCUAGACGAUUGGUUUGCGUCAGAAAGAUCAGUGAAGUAUUUAUCGAAACAAUUGCCAAAUGCUAUGGAAUACAAAAUUCCAAGGAAGUCAUUCAACCAUUUGGAUUUUAUAAUGGCCGAUGAUGUUAAGCAACUAGUUUACGAUCCCCUUAUAAAUCUGUUCAUAAAAUCACUGCUCAAUAAAAAAUAAAAU